UUCAAGUGAAAAUAAUGUAAAACGCAAGAAAAAAAUUUAUCUCACCAUAGUUAUUAGCGUGCAAGUGAAAAAAGUGUAAAGAGAGAGGAAUGACCUCGUGACUUGAAGCUUUGUGUUAGAAGCUUCAAGCAGAAAAAACCAGGAAAAAGACGAAAUUUUACAAAACAAAAAAAUUUUUCCACAUGACGCAUUUGAGUGUUAAGCCCGUCAUUUCUGUUGUAGGUAUUUUCCAACUCUUGUUGGUCAUUUCAAUAAUUUGUUCCAGCUCUACCGUAACUGUGAGACUUUCCCCGUCCGUGAAACUAUCAGCGUUUCUGCCUCCCGUGAAAAAUCCCGUUGUGCGCCAACAAAAGCUCGCCAAGCAAGGUCACCAUGUGCUAAUUGUGCUCGAUGAGGGCGCCAAUAAAACAGCGAUUCGCGAAAAUUUUCAAAAAUUUCAGCAAAUCUUCUCAAUUAACAUGGGCAAAAAUACGACGGUACACUUUGAGAAUGGCAAAGACCUAAAGACACUUGUAAAGUAUUUGGAAAAUCCCAAAUAUACGACAGUGCUUUACGUGUCGGAUGGUUAUGGCAGCGGGGGACGUCGUGUGUCGUCGUUUGUCGAGGAUCUGCGUAGGAAACAGGCAGAGGAAGAGAAGACGGAAAACAAAGCGGCAGCAGAAGGAGAAGCAAAAGAUGACGAAGAAAUCGAUAAAGGUGGUAAUAAAAUGCCAAGUACAAUAUCAAAUGCAGGAUUUUGCGAUACCAUUUCCACACAAUACACCGAGUUAUAUAAUAAGAGUGUUCUCUUUUGGCCGUGUCCAAAGAUGAAGAAAACACAAAAAUAUUUACCGUCUUUUGAAACCGUUUCGUACGCCGUGAAAAGUGUGUCGCAACAGUUUGGAUGGAAGGAAGCUGUUUUGUUUGCUGCAGAGCCAAACUGGGGACUACCGUUAGCAAUCGCUGCCAACUUGCACGUUCCGUACCGAAUUAAAUUAGGUGUGGAUAAUUUGGAUGCCAUUCACGUCAAGGAUCACAACAAAAAAGUCAUCAUCGUGUGCUCGCCGUUGAACUCGGUCACCACCAGUCGCAUCCUUCGUCGCUACAAGGAUUUACAACAUGCCAAUAUUCUCCUGAUCGACAUCAUUGGUUCAGUUUUUAACACGGAAAACGAAAUUUAUACAUACAACAAACAUCACAAUAUUUUUGUACUGACAAUUCUUAGUGAAAAGUUUAAAAAUCUCCUCAAUACGACAUUUACAUCGGAUUUUAGUCAUUAUUAUCGUUUGGAUCAGGAGUUGGACACGUUGCUGGAUAACGAAACGACUGUUGGUAAUGACGAAGGCGGCAGCGAUGGUGUCCGCGGUUUGUGGUUCAACGAAACGCAACUGUUUUCAAUCAAUGCGAAUCUGUGUAACUUAUCGAGCUUCCUUGCGAACGAAACACUAAGUGAUUUGUAUAAAAACCAAUCGCUGUGCGAGACAAAAUUAAAACGUUUUUGCCGUCUGCCACUAAUUGACAUUUCGCCGAUCGCGUUGAAGAUGAAGAUUAAACAGUUGUGUCAUAUAAUAAGUAACACGUCGGAGACAGUGACAAAUACAAAUAAUACAACAAAAAGCUUUACUAGUUUUAGCAACAACAACGACAUAAAUCCCUCGACAAAUCACAUAAUUUUCAGCGAAUAUUUUAAUCUUUUUAAUUAUGUCGUCUAUAUGGUGACAGACAAGAAUAGCAGCAGCACGUCGUCGAGUGGCGUCGACGAGAAAUCCAUUCAAUUCGACUUUGUUAUUCUCGAUUUUAAGCGCGUGGACAACGGGUCAACGAUCAUAUGGCGUCCGUUCCUCAUUCUGCAGCAAAAUCAAAUGGCACAAGAUCAGUUUACGAUGCACACAAUUAUCAGCAAUUACUUUGACCAAAUUAUCACAUCGCCCGGCGGUCUCGUUACGUGCGGCAUUUGGUGCUGGAUUGUCAUCGCUAUCGUUUUCGUCUUACUCAUUUUCAUUAUUUUCAUCAGUAUCCUGAUUGGCAUUGCUGUCAGAAAUUAUUUGUUAAAGAAACGCCUUUCAAAGGGACCAAACAAAAUUGUUCUAUCAACAUCCGAUUUUGUGUUUCCUGUUGAUGCAAGACGAGUAGAUGAGGGCAUCGAGGCUAUGCUGUGUUGCUGGUUACAACAACUCCAGGAGUUUGGUGGUCCCGAAGUUGAUAAGCCCGAUUUGCUCAAGGGUUCCAUCGGAUCUCUGAAGAAUUUGGGCUUACCCACUGCUAAAAACUCCAGUAAUCCAAGUCUUACGCGGCACAACACACUGGCUGAUGUCCGGGCAAGAUAUAACGGUGAUAUAGUGCAAUUAAAGGAAAUAAAUGGAGCUAGCAACACUGUGGAGUUGAAGACGAAGGCAAUGGAUCAUUUAUUGGUAGCUCAUGCAUUACGUCAUGAAAAUAUCAAUCCACUUAUUGGUUGGAUCAGCGAUCCCCAACGCACUGCCAUGGUGUUUGAAUACUGCUCACGUGGCUCGUUGCAAGACGUCCUCAUCAUGGACGAAAUAAAGCUCGAUUGGUCCUUCCGUUUAUCUCUUCUCACCGAUCUCGUUCGUGGAAUGCGUUAUUUGCAUUCGUCGCCGAUUCGCGUGCACGGAGCUUUAUCGUCCCGCAAUUGUGUCGUUGAUGCUCGGUGGGUGCUUAAAAUUACGGAUUAUGGUGUGCCGGCAUUCUAUGAAGCGCAAGGCUUACCGAUGCCCACAAAGACGGCAAAAGAACUUUUGUGGACGGCACCUGAGGCACUUCGUGGCACGAAAAAUUAUCCCAAAUGCGGAACACAACCCGGCGAUGUCUACUCUUUCGGCAUCAUUAUGCAAGAAGUUGUGGUGCGAGGAGAGCCAUAUUGCAUGUUGUCACUGUCGCCAGAUGAGAUAAUUGCAAAAAUCAAAAAACCACCGCCACUGAUAAGGCCAUCCGUGUCAAAGGGAGCCGCACCACCGGAAGCAAUCAACAUCAUGCGACAAUGUUGGGCGGAAAAUCCGGAAAUGCGACCUGAUUUUGUCACUGUCUGUGAACGCUUUAAGCAACUAAAUCAGGGCCGAAAAGUAAACUUUGUCGACACAAUGUUCCAAAUGUUGGAAAAAUACUCGAACAAUCUGGAAGAGCUUAUUAGAGAAAGGACUGAACAAUUAGAGAUAGAACGAAAGAAAACCGAACAACUCCUCAAUCGAAUGUUGCCCAAUUCUGUUGCAGAAAAACUCAAAAUGGGUUUGGCAGUCGAUCCCGAGGAAUUCUCAAACGUGACAAUCUACUUUAGUGAUAUCGUUGGCUUUACCACAAUUGCUGCGCAUUGUACUGCGGUACAAGUUGUUGAUUUAUUAAACGAUCUGUACACUUGCUUUGACGCAACAAUUAAUGCUUAUAACGUUUAUAAAGUUGAGACAAUAGGCGACGCGUAUAUGGUAGUGAGUGGACUGCCACUGCCAAUUCCCGACCACAGCGAGCAAAUUGCGACGAUGGCACUUGAUUUACUCCAUCAAAGUGGAAAUUUUAAAGUGCGUCACUUACCAGGCGUUCCUCUUCAGUUGCGCAUUGGACUGCAUACUGGCCCUUGUUGUGCGGGUGUUGUGGGCUUAACAAUGCCACGCUAUUGUUUAUUUGGUGAUACAGUUAAUACUGCCAGUAGAAUGGAAUCAACAGGAUCGUCAUGGCGGAUUCACAUGUCGCAAGAAGUGUGUGACUUGUUGGAGGAAGCAGGAGGUUACAUCAUCGAGCCACGUGGACCGAUAGAGAUCAAGGGAAAAGGAACAAUGAACACUUAUUGGUUGCUGGGGAAAGAGGGAUUCAAUAAAACGCUGCCCACACCACCGCCAAUCGGAGAGUCGCAUGGGUUGGACGAGUCGCUGAUACGAAAUUCGAUGUUAAUGAAAUCAUCGGAGUCGAAUAAUCGACUGAGCGUUAACACGAGCAGUAGUAAUCCGUCGUCAAGUCAUUCCCCAUCAGUUACGGGCGAGUCCAUUGAUGUCAAAGUAGAAAUCACGCCACCGCCACCAGUAGUUACGUCUGAAGCGAGUGUCGAUGUACCAACGUCCCACAUUCCAAAAUCUUUCUCGAACGAAUCCACGUCCACGCUGAGUGUCACCGUGAGUGAAUACAAAAACAACACUCCAAGCCCGCAACAGCGAAAAUAUUCGGAAAUCGGCGAAUACAGUGGUUUGCUAUCAGCUGUCGGUAAUUUAAAUCGAUUAAAUCCAUCGCCGACAGGCUCGACAGCGUCGACACGUUUCUUCAAACGUAUCGAGGAAAUGAUUGAUUUGUCGUCGCCAUACAACCACUACAAGUGUCUCAGUCCGAGCGAAACGAAUCUCAGUCAGUUCAUUGAUGCACGUACCAGCGCAUUUACGCAUCAUCGCAGUGACUCGAUAAAACCGGGCUCUGGUCGACUGUUGCGACGCCAAUUCAGUUUGGACAAAGACGACGCGGCAGCCUUGCAACAAAGUCAUCGGGCACGCCAAGAAGCCAAUAAGGCAGCCGCCAAUGCCGCACGAAUGCACAAACAGCACAGCAUCAGUACGGCGCAAGAUUUGGAGAAAAUUGAGGAAAAUCCAAUUUCGCCGCAGAAUUGCAGUCACAGCAACGGUAACGACUUGAAAAUGGCUGACGCAAAAUCGAUGUCGCUAAGUGCAAAUGACUCGGUGCCGGAUAAAAAUGAUCUUAAUUUAAAUGUUGAACGUUUAAUUUGUAGAUAG